UCGAUGUGGAACUUCACCCCGUCUCUUGGCGCUUCCAUUGCUUUUCUCAUUCUUUUUUUUAUAACGACUGCCGUUCACCUUGGACAAGCAAUUCAGUACAAAAAGAAAUACUGCUGGGUUAUUCUAAUGUCUGGUGUAUGGCAGGUAUUCACGUACAUCUUUCGGACGGUCAGCAUCCAGCAACCCGACUCCUUCAACUACUAUGCCGCCUGGUUUGUCCUGAUUCUCGUUGCCCCCCUGUGGACAAACGCUUUCGUCUAUAUGGUGUUUGGUCGCAUGGUUUGGAACUACACAGACAACCGCAGCUUAUGGCGAAUUAAGGCACCACACUUUGGGCUCAUCUUUGUACUCUUAGACAUUGUCUCAUUCGUUGUCCAAGUGUACGGUGCCGCGAAAGCCACAGCGAAGGAUGCACCGCAAGACAGGGUGCUCCAAGGAUUACACAUAUACAUGGCUGGUGUUGGAAUACAGUUACUAUUUAUUCUCAUCUUCUGCCUGUUUGCAUUACGACUUUUAUACCAACUACGGAGGCCCAAUGACAAGGAGACUAGGUCGGCUGAACAAGGGCCCGGCGCGUUGCUCCUGUAUGCUCAAUUCGUUGCCCUUGCUCUAAUAGCACUACGUAUUGUCUUCCGCAUUUGCGAAUAUGCCCAAGGUCUCGACAGCCCCAUACCACUACAUGAAGCUUAUCAGUACUCUCUUGAUUCACUUCCCAUGCUUCUUGCACUUGUUAUCUUCAAUAUUGUACAUCCGGGACGAAUCAUGCGCGGCGAUAAAUACGAUCUGCCG